AAUGGCUGCCACUCUUGAAUAAAUAAAAAAAGAAAUAACUGCAUAAUAAGAAGCUUAGAAUGGAGAAUUAGAAGAUUUAGAUAUUGAAGGAAUUGCAAUUGGUCAAUUUGAUUCUCAAUCAGCAAAUCUUAUUCAAUAACAUUAGAAUCUAAUAAGUUUGAGUCUUGUUGAAUGUAAACUCAAAAGCAUGGAAGGAUUCCCAAAAUUGAAUAAUUUGGAAAAUCUAAUUUUGGAGGCAAAUCAAUUAGAUGGAUCAGCUAUAACUUACAUAAGCAAAAAUUUUAAGAAAUUAGCAUGUUUAAGUCUUGCAGAUAAUAAAAUUGCUAAAUUUGAAGUAUUAUAUCACCAUUAAAUAUUAGGAUGUGGAGCCAUUAAAAUAACUUAAGUAAUUACAAUAAUUAGAUUUGGGUGAUAAUCCAAUUACACAACUUCCUGGAUAUUUUAAUAAAAUUUUCGAGCUCAUUCCAUCAUUAUCUGUUUUGGAUAACAAGGAUAAGGAAGGAUAAGAAAUUUAAUAUUCCGUAAUACUAAUAUCUAAUUAUUGAAUAGAGUGAUGAAGAUGAAGGUGAUGAAUACGAUGAUUUAGGAGCUAAAGAUGCAGAUGAAGAUGAAGAAGAUGAAUUUGAUGAAGAUGAAGAUGAUGAAGAUGAUGAAUCUGAUGUUAAACCAGUUAAGAAGACUAAGAAAUGAA